UCAGCCAUAGAGCCAUUGUGUGUGUAUUUUUGGAGUAGACAGCUUCCUUGAAAUUUAUAAAUUGUGAUUAUUGUGAAUAAUUUACAACAAUCUGAAGAGUUUUCGAUUAACAAGUAAUGUCAAAGACGGUGGACCUCGAACUGAAAAAGGCAUUCACUGAACUUCAGCAAAAGAUGAUCGAAACCACAACAAAACUACAGCUGGCAGAUAUCCAGAUUGAUGGUCUAAAGCGCCAGAAGCACCAUGCAGAAUUGACGGCCCAAGAAAUUAAGACUCUAUCCCCCGAAACAAAAACGUAUGAAAGUGUAGGAAGAAUGUUUGUACUGACAGAAAUUCCAGUUGUUUGCAAAAACUUGCAUGAAAAAAUCAGUACAUGUGAUGAGAAAAUAAAGUCUCUUGAGAGCAACAAGGGCUAUUUAGAGCGAAGUUUGAAAGAUAGCAAGAACAACUUGAGAGAAAUGGUUCAACAGCGCAAAGAGGCUCCUCAGGAAGCCACAUAACUAAUAUUAUAAAUAGUUUGAGGUUAACAAUGUAACAAAGAGCUCAAGGGCAUAAUUUUUUAGGAUUUUUAGUGAGGAUAGCAGGCUUACCUGAUUGGGAAAGAGUCUAAAUGACAUAAGAGAACAAAACUUUACCCUAUGAACACAAAACAUUAGAUAUUUCAAUGUCACUGACACUUUUCAACUAAGGAAGAGAGAGAGAUAUAUUAUAUUAUAGUGUACUUUUUGGCAACAUUGUUGCAAUAACUUCCUGGUCACCAUUAGGCCUCUUUCUUCUUUAGUUGAAAAUGCUGUCAGUGACAGUGAAAUAUUCUAAUGUUUUGUGUUUAUAGUGUAAAGAUGUGUCUUUCUUGUGCCAGUUUGUACAGUUUUCUAUUCAGGUAAGCCUGCUAUCCUCAUUACUAAUCCUAAUAUUAUAAAUUACUAAUCCCUCCUUUAGAAAUAUUUAUUUAUUAAUAAAUUUGUUAACACAACUUUAUGAUAUUUUGUACUGUUUAUUGAAAUUAAACAUUUGCAGUAAAAUACUACAGUUUAGUUUAUAAUUUUAGCAUGAGAAUGUCUUAACCUGAGAAUGAGGACUUAAUUUUGUUCGGUUUAAUUUAUUAACUUAACAUAAUAUCAAUCACCUAUUUAACCUUUCAACACAUUACAUACAGUAAUAUUGUAUAAAAAAAGUAUAAAAUUAAAUGUAUCAUCAAA